UCUAGGUUCUGAAGUCUCAAAAUGGCUGAAAAAGACUAUUUAGCAGUUGUCGCCAUCGACAUAGGAAGUGCUUUCUCGGGAUAUGCAUAUCAGUUUAGAACAGAUUUCAGGAAGGACCCCACUAAGAACAUUAUAAGCCCUCACUGGCAGGGGACAUCAAACUUAACUAUGGGAAAGACUGCCUCCUCUCUACUGCUUACUCCUGAUAAAACAUUCCAUUCUUUUGGGUUUGAGGCAGAAAAAAACUACACACGAAUGUUCAAGGAUUACAUGGAGAGAAAAAUUUCAAAUCAAAGCUUUACUGAGAACAAAUCACCGACAGACUACUAUUUCUUCAGGAAUUUCAAGAUGAAAUUAUAUAACAAAGAGGUUUUAAGAAAGAAUAUGAAAAUUUCCGACGAAAAUGGAAAACAAUUGAUGUUGAGGACUGUCUUUAAAGAGGCAAUAGGGUUCCUUAGAAGACAUGCAUUGGGUGCUAUUGAGAAGCAGACAACAGUUAAAGAUGAGGACAUAUUCUGGGUCCUCACAGUCCCAGCAAUCUGGAGUGAACCUGCUAAACAACUAAUGAGAGCAGCGGCAUUGGAGGCAGGGAUCCCUGGCGAGUCUUUAACAUUAGCCUUAGAACCAGAAGCGGCCGCACUCUAUACCAAGGAGCAGGCACUGAUUCGUCAUUCCAGUGACGGAAAGAUUGACCUUGUUCCAUUUAUUCCCAAUUCAACCUUUAUGAUAGUAGAUUUGGGAGGAGGAACAGGGGAUAUAACUGUGCAUGAAGUACAGAGUGACCAUUCCCUGCAUGAAAAGAACAUGGCGACCGGAGGUGCAUGGGGCGGGAGCAGAGUUAACGAAGCCUUCCUGCAGAUUUGGAAAGAUAUUCUGAAGUCUGAUUAUACAAAAUGCAAAGAAAAUUAUCCAGACGAAAUUCUAGAAUUUGAACAGAGUUUUGAGUUACUUAAACGGCAAGUAGGAGAAGAGAGCACCGCGGACACAUUGUAUAUCAGUAUACCAGAGUGUAUUCGUGACAUCCCAAACUUGAAUAAUAAAAUAGAGGAAAAUGAAGAAUUUCCUGGAAUAAAAAUAAGUCGUGGAAAAGCGGGGUUUCCUAAGGCAAUGUUGGAGAACCUUUUUAUUGAACCUAUCAAUGAUAUUACUCGUCAACUCCAUCAUUUAAUGGAGAAAAACUCUGUUGACGCCAUAAUAAUGGUUGGCGGUUUUUCUGAAUCAAAAAUAGUGUACAAUUCUCUAAAGAAGACCUUUGCUAAGGUCCGAAUCUUAAAUCCUCCAGAGAGUAGUUUGUCUGUAUUGAAAGGCGCAGUUUUGUACGGAUUUCAUCCGGAACAUAUUUCUCAAAGAAUCAGCAGAUACUCGUACGGUUUUAGCAUUAGUGUACCGUUUGAUCCACUGAAACACAACAAGGAACGAGAUAAAAUCCAUAAACACAACAAUCAGCUGGAGGAUGUGUUUCAUCCUAUAAUUCUAGCUGGGGAAAAAGUUGUUCCUAAUGCAGUACGGGAGUAUAACUGUCGUCCUGCUAAGGUUGACCCAGGGUAUGCUCAGGUAGAAUUUUACGGAACUCAGGAUAACAACCCAAGGUAUGUGAAAGAACCCGUGAUGUAUGCACCGGAGUUUCCUUGUAAACAUAUUGGGGAUAUCAUGAUAGAUUACUCAAAACAAGGAAAGCCGGACAACAAUGAAAUCCAAGUUCGAGUAGCGUUUGGAUAUACACAGCUUAAUGUCACAGCAGAAUGCAUGGUUCAAAAGGAAAGAAGGACGGUUGAUGCUCAUUUUGGCUUAUUGAAGUAGAGGGACUAAAUGAGCCUCAUUUUCCUUUGUGAACAAAGUCUUGGAUUCUAAAUGAUACAUAAUGAUAUGUAUAAAAAUCUAAACUGGUAGGAAGAAAAACUAUUUUUUUUGUUCAAAUUCCUGGAAUAUAGAUUUAAGUGCCUUCUUUAUUUACACA